AAUCUCGAGAUGCAGCAAUCACCCCUCUAUCGUUUUCUGGAAGAUGGGCAGAUAGAAAAGGAGGGAGAAAGAAAGAGAUGAAAAGAGUGCAUUGCAGAGGAACCAAAGGAUACCCAGGUGAUGACCAACCAACAUCAUGUCGGAGGUCCAGGGAACUGUCAACUUUUCUGUGGAGCUGCACAAAUUCCAUAAUGUCGAUCUCUUCCAAAGAGGGUAUUAUUUGAUACGUACAAGUCUGAAAAUCUCAGCUAAGAUCCCACAUCGUUUGUCAGCAAUUCUGCCUGAACAAAGAGGUGAGAUGAUUCUGCAUUCAGCCAGCAUCCAGGACAACACGGUUUUCAGCCAAGUCUUUCAGAUCUUGUACCGGAAUGAAGAGAUUCUCCUCAACGAAUCUAUGAACUUCUCUGUGCAUCUCCUCCUGGAUGGUGAGAGGGUGGAAGAAGCAUUAUGUGAAGCUGACUUUCAGCUCAAUCUGGACCUGCUUUUUACAGACAGUGAACAACAGCUGAGAGAUGUCCUGACCAUCCCGGUAAUAAGCAGCCGCAUGUUGGGCCUCCACUUCCAUCCCAAGCAAGGCCUACAUCACCAUGUCCCUGUCAUGUUUGACUACUUCCACCUGUCGGCAGUCACGGUUACUCUGCAUGCAUCUCUGGUGGCUUUAAACCAGCCCCUUCUCAGUUUUGCUCGUCCAGGAAGAUCUUCCUGGCUUGGUAAAGGCAACUUGGACCCUGGACCAGAUCCACCUGGGAUGUCACUGGAAAACCUGGUCUUUGGAGCGGGCUACUGCAGACCGACAACUUCAGAGGGCGGCUGCUAUGUCCCAUCAGAAAACUGCAGGCAACAUGCCCACAAGUGGCAUGAAGACCUCUGCCUCCUGCUCCUCAGUGCCCACAGAGGUCUUCGGGGCUACUAUGCUGCCAUUGCAAAGGAGGUUCCUGGUUUGCCCCAGCUGAAGUUAGAAGAUCUUGCUGUGGAACAGACACUAUCACAACUUUCUGAAGAGCUGCAGAUGCUGAAUAACUCAGAAAAGAUAGCAGAGCAGAUCAGCAAAGAUCUUGGAUGGCUCUGCUCCCACCUUUUAGCCCUGUGGACCCAAUUUUUGGCAAUUGUAACCCUGCAUCCUGACGUCACAACAUACCUUCUUCAAGAGCAUCACACACUAAGGGUAAAGAGAUUUUCGGAGGCCUUCUUUUAUGCAGAACAUGAAAAAUGUGCUGCAACAACUUUCCAGGAGAGCCUCAUCCAGCAUCAUAGCCAGAUUUCAACAGAAGUUCGAUAUUCUGAGUAUUUGACCCGUAUGCCGCCUCUCCCUGUAGAAUGCCUGGACAUUGAUGGAGACUGGAGCACACUACCAAUUAUCUUUGAGGACAGAUACGUUGAUUUCCCUUAUCAAGUUCAGGGCUUAGACAUUUUGUCAAACUAUAUGAUUUCCGCAGUGGACAAUUUACAAGUGGACGUUGAUAAAAAUGAGGAGCCUUCCUCAAACAACAAUAUUGCUUUAGCAAAGAAGGACUUCAAGAACAGCAUCCCUUUUGUUAUACAUACUGAUAGGAUAAAUAGAAAUUUUAUGUUUCCCUUUGGCUGUUCAAAAGGUGACUGCUGUACGGCCAAGAAUUUCAAGGCUCACUCCGUGACUCAGGUAUACACGAUGAAUGAAAAUGACCAGUCCUACAUCACUCAGAAAGAGCUGGAGACCAAUGUUAUAUCUAGCUUGCCAUCAGAUCUCCUGAAAGAGCCUUCAAAUAACUUUAAGGGACCAAUGAGCUUUAUAGAAAACAAUUGUCGGAUCACCACAGAGGAUGUAGACCCAGUGUGUAAGACUGCCGACCAAAAUAAAUCAGUGCUUAUUAUGAAUACUCAGUGUGAUGCCGGCUAUUAUGAACCUCCUAAACAUCUGGAUGGGGUUAGUUUGAGCCAAGCAGCUCAAAGGGAUUGUUGUGAAUCUACUCUUGCUUCUGACCAAUCAAGGUUCAUUGAGACACCAGUAGAUCAAUGUAGUGAAACUCUGUUGCGAGCCCAGAGGACAUUUGAUGUAAUUCAUAAUUUCAACUCCUCAAAUCCAACAACGGUUGUUGAAGAGUCCAAGUUACAUCUGAAGGAGCCUAACAUGAAGAAGCAUGAAGAUGUCUUGAUAUCAGGAGUCAUUAAGAGAUCUUCAUCAGUCAUUUCAGACUCAGGAAUUGAAAGCGAACCCAGUUCAGUCGCUUGGUCAGAUGCAAAGAGCAAAGCCUUGGAGUUGGCCAGUGAUCAAGAGAACCUUCACCAGCUAGUCAACAGGCAUGCAAUCCAUCGGAAUUCCCUAGAAGGUGGACGUACGGAAAGCAACACAAGCUUGCCUAAUGGCAUACAAGCCUCACUUACGUCUAUUAGCUCCUUGCCUUAUGAGGAAGACGAAAGGGAGGUGGAGCCCAGCAAGUUGACAAAAUCAAUCUCUGCUCCUCAGAUCAGCAGUCCCGAGGAAUCCGUGGAAGUCAUGGAUAUAUCCAAAUCUGAUAAAAACAUCUCGGGUGGGCAUGAUGUGGAAACAGGAAAUGCCAGAAUGGUCUCAGUGGGAAAUAUUUCCACCUGCCAGGAUGGAGAACCUCAACUGUCCAGUGGUUUGAUGGAACACCCCAAAUCUGAUUGCAAUGCUGCUCACUUGAAAGGAAGUGUUAAGGGCUAUCCUGAAAAUGACUGUACUUUGGAAGCCACAGAGGGACCACUGCCUCAAGUAGAAUGCCAGUGGCCAGAGAGAAGAGAGGAUGGCCAUUUCGAAACAGCUAAUAAUUAUUUGGAUGCAGAUGCUUCUAAUCUGGAUAUCUAUGAUGAGGAUGCAAACAUGAAUCGUGACCACAAUUUGUAUGCUGCAGAUGUGUAUGCUUUCUCACACUGUGAGAAGGAGGUGAUGGACUUUUGCUAUGCCAAUCCAGACUCAACAGACUCGGCAUAUGAAUCGAACUUUACUAGGGAGAACUCCGCUAACUCUCCGGUCAGCAGCAACAAUAUAGCCUGUGGUAAAGAAAUCACAAAUUUACAGAAAGUCAGACUGGACAACAGAUCUGAGUGUGGCUCAUGCAGCAUUGAGCUGGAGAAAAGGGAUCUCAAGAGCAUAGCAAAUAGCACUGGAUUUCAUUCUGCAGUGCCAGAAAAGUUGGUGCUUGAGAGUAAGAAGGCCGUGGAGAUAGUCAACUUAUCCAUUUCUUGCACAGCCACCUGUCUGCCCUUUUCUUCAGUUCUCAAGGAGACACCUCCACUGACUGUCUUGUCCACCAAGCAGGUCACAUCUCCUAUCACUCACCAACCAAUAGGGUCCUUUGGGGUCAUCUCUUGCGAAUCUAGUAAAGUGGGAGAAGAAGACAAUGAACAAAUGCUCAAUUUCUAUCAGGCCAAAGAAACAUUUAAAAAGGAACUGAAGAUUGAAGGAUUUCUGUACAGUGACUUAUCCAUACUAGCUUCUGAUACCCCAUAUUUUCCACCAGAGGAAGAGGAAGAAAAUUUGGAAGAUGGGAUUCACCUAGUGAUCUGUGUCCAUGGGCUAGAUGGUAACAGUGCAGAUCUUCGGCUGGUAAAAACAUUCAUCGAAUUGGGUCUCCCUGGAGGAAAACUUGACUUCCUAAUGUCAGAAAGGAACCAGACAGAUACCUUUGCAGACUUCGAUACCAUGACGGAUCGCUUGCUGGAUGAAAUAAUUCAACAUAUUCAGCUAUACAACUUGUCGAUAUCACGUAUCAGCUUCAUCGGUCACUCACUCGGUAAUGUGAUCAUCCGAUCAGUAUUGACCCGGCCCAGGUUUCGUUAUUACCUCAAUAAGCUACACACCUUCCUGUCCCUCUCUGGACCUCACCUGGGAACAUUGUAUAACAACAGUACUUUGGUUAGUACAGGUUUGUGGUUGAUGCAAAAACUGAAGAAAUCUGACUCCCUUUUGCAGCUGACUUUCAGGGACAAUGCCGAUCUGCGGAAGUGUUUCCUUUACCAGCUUAGCCAAAAAACAGGUCUUCAGUAUUUCAAAAAUGUAGUCCUUGUUGCCUCUCCCCAGGACCGCUAUGUCCCAUUUCAUUCUGCAAGAAUAGAAAUGUGUAAAUCUGCCUUGAAAGACAGACAUACAGGUCCCGUUUAUGCUGAGAUGAUCAACAACCUCCUCCAGCCUGUCGUGGGAGCUAAGGACUGCACUUUAAUCCGUCACAAUGUAUUUCAUGCCUUGCCAAACACCGCUAAUACGCUGAUUGGGCGAGCUGCACAUAUAGCCGUGCUGGAUUCUGAACUGUUCUUGGAAAAAUUCUUUCUCGUGGCAGGACUCAACUAUUUUAAAUAGGACCAGGAGCAUUAGGGAAGCACCGGACUCUUUGCAGAAAACGGCAACCGUUUCUGAAUCAAGGGAGUGCUAUAUUACCAGGAAAAAAAAAUGGCAUAGGCUAAUGGUGACAUAGCAUGCACAUACUCGUACCCUAUUUAUUUGGGGGAAAGAAUCAAAUGCUUCAGUUAUUAAGCAUUCAAAGGGCCAACUCUUGGUGCUUUUGAGAAGAUGGAAACAUCUCCACAUUAAGUUUCUUUGUCCUUUCUCUCUUUGGUCAUCUACCUUGAAUAAUUGGUCUUCAAAUGCUGAGAGUCAGAUUCCAGAUCUGCCUUUUUUGUAUCUGUGAUCGGAUCAGUAAUUUUUUUUUUCUUUUCUUGCUUCCUUCAUUGGAAAAUCCUUCUAGCACUAAGCCGUCUUAGUCAAGCUAAUGUUGAUUUGUUGAAUAGGUUUGCCAUUUCAUUUUGUGGGUUAGCGCACGCAGGUAGAAACAACCACGGAGCUUUGGUAAAAUGAGAACUCAAUAAAAUCUAGUUGUACAACAUUGUUGUAUAACAUGGUACAGGCAUAUGAUUACUUGAUCAUGUCUUGAAUUUUAAGAGUAAGGGGCCAAGAAAGAACAGAACAGCAGAGUUGGAAGAAUCCUUAGAGGUCUUUUAGUUCUCCUCUACUCAGGCAGGAAACCCUAUACCAUUUGAAACAAAUGUUGACCAAUCUCUUCUUAA